CUGCCUCCUCAGACCUUCAGAAGGUCAGGACCAGGAGACUAUUCACUAUUGUCCUCAAGUCCUGCAAUUCUCCAUUGCAAGGAAUUGCACAAGGCAAACAGAAUUAGCUCACCGCGCGGGUUGCUGGCAAGCGUAUAUCAAUAUAGAGAGCGAAAGCAGAGAGACGCACGGUCCACCAAAAGACACAGAGGAGACAGUGACGAACUUAUCCGAGACGUGACCAUGGCUUCUCCGGUUGUCGUCUCCCGUUCCAUGCUUUCGGCUCUUCGUCCCCGGUUCCACUCCUCCAGGUGGGUUGCUAGCUUUGUGACGAGCGCCGAAACAGUCCAUGAAGAACCGCGAUCUGUUCUGGUCGAUGCCGUGAAGGGUCUUCUCGAUGCGGGACACAGUUAUGUAGAUGUCAGGACCUGUGAUGAGUUUACUGCAGGGCAUACCCCGGGAGCCAUAAACAUUCCUUACAUGUUUAAGACCGGGACAGGGAUGGACAAAAAUCCAAAGUUCUUAGAGGAAGUAUCAUCAAGCUUUGCCAAAGAAGACACAUUUCUCCUGGGAUGCCAGAGUGGAAGGAGGUCUCUCAUGGCCGCACAUGAUCUACAUUCUGCUGGUUUCCGGCAUGUUAUUAACGUUGCAGGAGGCUACUCAGCAUGGGUACAGAAUGGGCUGCCCACUGAAAAGUGACAAUGAAGCAGGCAGCAUCGGCUAUUACCCUCCUAGAAGCACAAUCUGGGCAAAUGAAAUCUCUUGUGAAUCUGAACGUAAACGAAUUUUAUUCUCAAUCGACGAUGGUUCGAUCCAACUCACUUCAGAAAUUUGCUCAUUUUUCGAGAGCUUCGGUUUGUUUUUAUGCUUACUGUUCAGGAACUGUAAAAUUUUACCAGGUCCUUUAGAAUAUUCUUUCUUAUCCAACUCAAACGCUUAGCUUAUUCAUACGAUUCGUUGUUUUGUAAUGUUUCAUCUGGGAUUACAGUUUAAAGGCU